AUGGCUUUAGUGCCAUACUCAGACCCAAGCUCUGAAGCAACCUCUGCAAGCCCUGCAUGGCAGGACAUGUUCCGAUCAGCCUCAAUUCGAAAAUCAUCAACCCCUGAGCCCCAGGUGCCUGAACCCCAGGCUCUGCCGAAGGACCGGUCAAAACCCAUCGAUCCAGAUCACAAAACCACCCUCUCCGGCGAUCCCCAGGUACGCUUAGCCCUCUACAUAACCAUGGCUCAUGCUGGCCUUGCCUUUACAAUUUUUAUACUUUACGCUGUGGGCAAGCUCUUAGAGGAAUACUUGAGACCAAUUCAGUGGGCUGUGCUUUGUUCAAUUCCUCUCAGAGGUGUACAACAAACCCUUGUGGGAUUUUGGUCUGAGCCCUUAAGACUUGGCCUCACUGAGACUGUUUUGGCUGUCCCUGUGGCAAUGUUUCGAGUUUUUGUUGGUACCCUGGUUGAAAUUCGAGAAGUUUGUUUCCGGAUUUUUCGCCGAAAGCCUAAAUCUGAGUACAGAAGGAGGCAUCAGAGUGAAUUCUCCAAGUUAUUAAGGUGGCUGGUAUCGUUUUGGAUACUUAUACUUGCUUAUGAGAGAAUUGGUGGUGUUGGUUCUCUGGCAAUUCUUGGAUUAGGCUUUUUGUUUAGUGCCAAAGGUGUGGAUUCGACAAUGUCGACUGUAUCCUCUUUGAGGUGUAGUAGCUUUCGUCGUAGCCCAAUUAGCGCCUUUUUCACCCGAAGGAUAUUGAUACGGUUGAAAACCGUUGUGGCAAUUGGGUUGAUGUUUGCUAUGAUUGUGGGAUUUUUGGUUGGUGUCGCAUUCUUUUCGUAUAAGAUUGGAGUUGAGAGUAAAGAUGCAGUGAUUUCAUUGAAAUUACAUGUUGAAGAGAGCAAUUACACGGAGAAGAUUGGUAUUAAGCAGUGGAUGGAGGAGAAUGAUGUGCCUGGAAUGGUGGAUAGGUACACUUCCAAGUUGUAUGAAACAGUGUCAGACCAGAUAGAUAGUUUGGCAAUGCAGUAUAAUAUGACAGAAUUUGCGACUGGGAUUAAGCAUUUUGUAGUAAGACAGCCUGCCAAUUCUUCAGAGCCUUCAACAGCAUUAGCUAGUCCAUCUCCGUACACAGAAAAACUUCUGAGUUUGAGAAAUCGGAUCAGUAAGAGGGAAUGGGGACAUAUUUACACAGAGGUUGAUGCAAUUGUUAGGGAAUUAGUAAUUACCAGGGAGGAUUUAGUUGAGAAGGCAAAAGGGUUUGCAAUUCGAGGAAUGGAUGUAUCACAACGCAUAAUUGCUAGUAGUACAUCAGUUGUUGGAGGUAGUGCAAAAGUUAUGUUCUCCAUUGGUAGUUCCAUUGUUUCUGGAGCAGCUGAGAUUUUCAAUUUUGUAUCUCAGUCAAUGGUAUUCUUCUGGGUAUUGUAUUAUCUGAUCACAUCUGAGUCUGGUGGAGUGACUGAACAAGUGAUGAGUAUGCUUCCAAUUUCUAAGUCUGCGAGGGUUAGAUGUGUUGAAGUUCUUGAUAAUGCUAUUUCUGGUGUUCUUUUGGCUACAGCUGAGAUUGCAAUUUUUCAGGGAUGUCUCACAUGGCUUUUAUUAAGACUCUACAAAAUACAUUUCUUGUACAUGUCCACCGUUCUUGCAAUCCUCAGCUCUCUGCUGCCAAUCUUUCCGUCAUGGUUUGCAACUAUUCCAGCAGCUCUUCAACUGGUACUGGAAGGGAGAUAUAUAGUAGCCAUCAUCUUGUCCGUUAUUCAUCUCGUGCUUAUGGAUUAUGGCGCAUCUGAAAUUCAGGAGGAUAUACCUGGUCAUAGUGAAUAUCUUACAGGACUUAGCAUCCUUGGUGGAAUGACUUUGUUCCCAUCUGCACUCGAGGGUGCAAUUAUGGGUCCCCUCAUAACUACAGUUGUGAUUGCACUUAAGGAUUUGUAUGUGGAAUUUGUUCUGGGCGAACCGAAGGAUAAAGUUGAGUAG